ACCCCGAAUCGAUUCCCAACAGAAUGACCGGCAACCGCUUAAACGAUUCCUCAGAUUGCACAGAAUGGAUUAGAUUCCGAUUCUCCGUUCAAGUGCAAAAUCGAUUGCGGGUGGCCGUUUGUAAGUGAUCGUCGGGAAUCGAUGCAUGUACACAACCCCGACAAAUCGAUUCCCGAAGCCGGUUCCGCAUCCCGUCGCAGAGCCCCGGCCGACCGGGGGGACCUCGCCUAGAAGCCCGUGCAGGCUUCACGCGGCUGCCGCUUGUAGGCCGCGACGGAGCCGCCGUCUCGGGGUCGUGGAGUGGAGGCGGAGGAGAAGCGAUGGGGGAGGCGAGGAAGGAGGAGGCGGAGAGUGCGAGCAGGCGGGAGACGACGGUGCUGGCGGGGAGGUCUGACCCGUACGGUGGGUUGACGAUCCUCAUCAGUUCCACGGACACCACCGACGUGGAGACAUUCAGAGACCAACUGAAAGACUCGCUGUUCGCGUGGAGCCUCGAGGGGGUGCGUGGCCUCUGGCUCUGCCUUCCCAUCGAGCGUGCGGACCUGGUCCCCGUCGCCGUGAAGUGCGGGUUCGUCUACCAUCACGCGCUGCCCUCCUACUGCAUGCUGACCGCAUGGCUGCCCCGAGACUCACCCAGCACCCUCCCCGCCUACGCCUCUCACUACGUGGGAGUUGGAGGCCUCGUGGUGAGUGGUGAGGGCCUCGUUCUGCUCAUUCAGGAGAAGUUUGCCAAGGGCCACGGCUGCUGGAAGCUCCCGGGAGGUCACGUGGAACCCGGGGAGGACCUGGGCGAGGCGGUGUGCCGCGAGGUGCGGGAGGAGACGGGCGUGAGCGUGCGCUUCCGCGCGGUGCUCGCGCUGCGCCACAUGCACCGCUACAGCUUCGGCGCCUCCGACCUCUACUUCGUGUGCCUGGCGCGGCCACUCACGCGGCGGCUCCAGCCGUGCCCCACCGAGAUACACGCCUGCACAUGGGUCCCGGUGAGCGAGCUGCCCUCCUACAUCUCCCCCUCGUCGUCGUCGUCGGCGUUCCACUGGUGGCUUGUCCGCGUCUGUCUGGACGCCGUCUCCUCGGGCCUCGUCAUCCGCCCGCUGGACGGGGACGCGAGCCCCGCCUCGUCGCGCGCCCCUCGUCUACACGGCGGGGGCGGGCGGGGACCCCCCAGAGACCCCCCAGAGACCCCCUAGAGACCCCCCAGAGACCCCCCAGAGACCCCCUAGAGACCCCCCCCGCCGCCCCCGCUCGGGGGUCCCCGCGGACCCCGCCGGGGAGAGCCCCGACGGCACUGGUGCGACCGGGACCCCCCCGGGAGACGAGGAGAGAGGGAGCCCCGUAGACCCCCCGGCAGGGAUGCCAAGGUACCCCAGUAGAGAGGCGAUUAGAGACCCCAACACAGAGACCCCUGGGGGGGACCCCAAUAAAGAGACCCCGAGAGACCCCAACACAGAGACCCCUAAAAACCUCAGCACAGAGACCCCUAAAAACCUCAACACAGAAACCCCUAGAGACCCCAACACAGAGACCCUUAGAGACCCCAUCACAGAGAUCCCAACAGAGACCCCUAGAGACCCCCAGAGACCCCCAGAGACCCCCAGAGACCCCAACACAGACCCCUAAAAACCUCAGCACAGAGACCCCUAGAGACCCCAUCACAGAGAUCCCCAGAGACCCCUAGAGACCCCCAAAGACCCCCCAGACCCCCAGAGACCCCCAGAGACCCCCAAAGACCCCCAGCGACCCCCAGAGACCCCCAGAGACCCCUAGAGACCCCGAUCCCGAGUCCAACUCAGACUCAGAUUGCACUUUUUGCUUGAUGCUAAGAUUUGUGAAGUUGAAUGUUUUUAAAUAUUAUCUUGUAUUCGGAAUGACUCGAUGUGGCCCAGCGAGUUGGAUAACGGAGUCGGCGUGAAUGUGAGCGUGCUCACGUUAACAAUGUCCGUAAUGAUCAUUAUGCUAAUUUACUUUGUGGGACAAGUGCUGUUCGGGGAGCUCCUGUGAAGGCCGGCACUGUGGCACACGAGGGGGUGGGUGGCCAGCACCACGCCCGGCCGCCUUUGUCUCCCGAGUGACGAUGUUUACACACCGCACCAGGUACUCAUUUGAGGCUGAGUCGACCUAGGGGAGGCCAAGGACGGGUUCAGAUAAUCGACACCGGUGGUGGUGGUGGUGUUGGUUUUACGGCGAAUACUCCUGCAGCGUUACCCAGAGCGGCCCGCCCGAGUUGAACCGCGAACAACAAGAGCCUUGAAGUGGAUCACCCGAGUUCGAUUGCAGUUCAGCCUCGUUGAACACGCCGCUCGUAGUCGUCGUCGUAGAUGCGUUCCUGGAAAUAAAUAGUUUAUCAAG